AUGUCCAACGAUAAUAAAUCCAACGCUUCAAGCAGGCUCUCAGCUCUCAAUUCUCAAAUGCCAGAGCUCUCUCCUUCCUAACUUUUGCACUCCUACAGAAACAGAAGCAAGGUUGACAGACAAGGUCUUUAUGAAACUUUCUACGGUCCUAAGUGGGAAUUUAGAAACAAAGUUUAUGACAUUAUUUGCAAUAAUUCUGAAAAGUUUAGCGCUCCAUACAUAGAUGAACAUGAUAGGGAAAGAACAAGAUAUGCAGCUUUUAAGGAAUUACAUUUCAUAUAGAAGAGCUUGAAUAUGGGUUAUGCUGAAUAUUAAAAAGAUCCUCAUGCUUUCUCUAUGACUUCUAAUGCUGUCUACUCUUGGAGUCCUGCUAUCUGUGUUAAGUAUGGUGUACAUUUCAGUUUGUAUGGAAAGACUCUCAUGAAUCUUGGAACUGAAAAGCAUCUUCCUUAUAUCUAUCGUAUGAUGAAGCUAGAAGACAUCGGAUCUUUUGGUUUAACUGAAAUGGGACACGGAAGUAAUGUUAGAGGUAUUAAAACCACUGCCAUUUAUGAUCCCUAGAGCAAUGAAUUUAUCAUUAACACUCCUGAAGAAGUAGAUAUGAAAUUCUGGAUUGGUGCUACUGCUUAACUUGCUAACAUGACUGUUUGCUGGGCUUAACUUUAUGUAGAAGGAAAAUGCCAUGGUGUUCACGCAUUCUUGGUUCCUAUCAGAAACAAGGAUACUCACAGAGUCAUGCCUGGUAUUACAGUUGGUGAUUGCGGUCCCAAGAAUGGUUUAGAUGGAAUCGAUAACGGUUUCAUGAUUUUCCAUAAUGUCAGAAUUCCUUAUGAUAAUCUUCUUGAUAAAUUUUCUUAAAUCGAAAACGGAAAAUUCAAGACUUGGAUUGAAAGCGAUGAUAAAAGAUUUGGUUUCCAAAUGGCAAGUUUGAGUGGUGGCAGAGUAUAAGUCGCUUGUAACUCUAACUAAAACUCUAUUAUCGCCGUGGCCAUUGCUGGUAGAUAUAGCACCAUUCGUAAACAAUUUGGUGCUCCUGGAAAACCAGAAUAACCCAUUAUUGAAUAUCCCUUGACCUAAUAUAGAAUAAUUCCCAAUGUUGCUACAGCUAUCGUAUUAUAACUCUCCACAAUUACUUUAAGCAUCUUGUGGGAUGAAAACCAAAAGCAUUUAUUAGAUGUUAAAAAUACUUUAAUCAAUGAGUUGCAUGCUAUCAGUUCUGCUAUUAAGGCUAUUUCUACUUGGACUGCUUAAAGAAUUAUUACUGAAAGCAGACAAAUUCUAGGUGGUCAUGGUUUCUCAACCUUUAAUAGAUUUGGAUAACUCUACAACGAUAAUGAUGUCAACGUCACUUGGGAAGGUGAUAAUAAUGUUCUUUUGUAAUAAACUGGUAAGUUCUUGCUUGACUCAGCUAAAAAGCUUAUGAAAGGAAAGAAGCUACCAUUCAAGUGCACUUCCUACAUUAGUUUAGAUCCUGCUGAGGGCUAACAAUCAGAACUAAAUAGCAAUGAAGAUUUCUUUAACCAAGGCAAAUUACUCAAGGCUCUUCAAUGGAGAGUCAAUUUAUUACUUUAAAAGACUGGAUUAAAGAUGUAAGAAUACAUGUAAGUAAGUAAGAAUGGAUGGGAUGCUUUCAAUAAUGCUUAACCAUUUUACUCAGUUGAGCUUGCUAAGGCAUUUGGUGAUACAUGGAGUGCUGAAUAAGCUAUUGAAACUAUCAGCAAGGUACAAAAUCCUGAAAACAAAAGAGUUUUAAGUGACUUUGUAACACUCUACUUAUUAGAAACUAUUAACAAGGACAUUGGUAACUUCAGAUUCGGUGGCUACAUUAACUGCUAAUAAUACGAAUAAAUUAGAAGCAGUAUUCUUAAGCUUUGCAAUAAAUUAAAAGAUGAAUUCAUUGCUGUUUUAGAUGCCCUUGCCCCUCCCGACUUCAUUCUCUAAGCUCCUUUCGGUGCUUCAGAUGGAGAUAUUUACAAUAGAUAUAUCGGUUUAAUUUACUCUGCUAAGAGCACCUUCAAAAGACCUGACUGGUGGAAGGAAGUUCAUAAAGCCCAUAAAAAAUAUCACUUUGAAAUAGAUGCUUGA